AUGAAACGAUCGUCUUUGAUUUCGUGUCAAGCGUUGAAGCAAGCCUUGCUGGAUAAAAAGCCAUCCACCCUGGGCACAGCAAGUGGAUCUGUGAUUAAAGUAUUGGACGGAUCAUGGCAUAUGCCUAUUAUGAAUAGAAAUGGAUACAAGGAAUAUUUGAAUGAACACAUUCCGACUGCAUUGUUCUUUGAUAUUGAUGGUUUGAGUGAUCCGACCACUGAUCUUCCACACAUGUUACCUUCCGUGAAAAUGUUUGAAGAAAGUAUAACAGAGAUGGGUAUUGUCAACACGGAUCACGUUGUAGUUUAUGAUACAGCAUUUACCUCGGCUUUUAGAGUGUGGUUUACUUUUAAAGUGUUUGGUCACAAGGGAGACGUAAGCUUAUUGGAUGGAGGACUCACAAAAUGGAAACUACUGGGAUAUCCAGUUGAAAGCGGCCAACCAAAGCCUGAGAAGAGAGAUCAACCUUACAAGGCAAAUUUCCAAGAGCAAUAUAUUGUAAAAUUGGACGAUAUUGUGAACAACCUCAAUAGCAAGAAGGCAUACAUUGUUGAUGCAAGAUCAGCUGAGAGAUUUAAUGGCAUCCAACCAGAGCCUCGUCCAAACUUGAAAAGCGGUCACAUUCCAAACAGCUUUAACAUUCCGUUCCCAACCUUGGUCAAUCCAGAGGACAAGACCUUUAAGAGCCACGCAGAAAUUUUAAAGCUCUUCCAAAACUCUGGACUCAGCAUUAAGGAAGUAGAUGGAAAAGUUGUCAUUGACAGGCCAAUUAUUGGAAGUUGUGGCAGUGGUGUAACUGCUUGUGCUCUGCUUUACUCUCUCAAUUUACUUGGAAUUGAAUUGGACCAACUCAGACUCUAUGAUGGUUCUUUCUCAGAGUACGGAAAGGUCAGCUUUGAGCAUCCAGUUCAUCAAAGAAAGUAA